AUGAGUAAGGCAAAUGUUGGAUAUCAUACCACUACUACUACUGCUACUACUAUAACUACUACUACUAUUACUACUACUACUACUACUAGUACUAAUAAUAAUAAUAAUAAUAACGGGAUUGAUAAUAAUCCGUCUACUGCGUACCAUAUACCUGAUUGCAGUGAAGAAUUUUCAGCAAAAGGAUAUGCAACAUAUAGCAGAAAGUAUCCUUUCAACUAG